AUGCUUUCUUUAAGAAGUCACCAUUACCUAUGCUCAGUUCUCGUAUUAUUAUCGAUAUCUUUCACACAGCAGGCGCUUAACGAUUAUAAUCAAAAGCUCGAAUGGAUUGUGGGCAAGUGGCGAUCGGAAUUUUCUGGAAAAAUUUUCUGGCCAACUGUUCCAACGAUGACAUUUGGCGAGGAGCUGGUGAUCAAUGAAGCCCCAAUAGCCAAAUCAGCAAAUGUUCAGUUCCUCAAUUUCUCGGCUCGUGCAUGGUCUCAUUCUACCAAGGACCAUUUCCACGAUGAAUGGGGAUUCCUUACUGUUGAUCCAUCGGGAAAUGCGACACUUAUGACAACUGGAAAUAACGGAUUCACAACAUACGAGGUUGGCACUGUUUCGCCAAACAAACUGGUUCUCACAUUGAAAGAUAUCGGACGCAUCUCGUUUUCCCGAGAUCUGCCUGUUGAGGAUCUUCGACGAACAUUUAUUCGUCAUGAUGAUCGUUACAUGGAACAAGUUAUUGAGAUGAGAACGGCGACACAUCCAACUGUGGGAUAUUUGGAGCACACAAGAGUUGUAUACACAAAACUCAAAUAA